AUGAGGGGCGAAGGGGUGGCGGCUCCGAUGGAAACAGGAGGAGCGAACACGCCAGGAUGCCCUGCAGGGCACCACACACUCGGUGUAACCUCGCUGGCCCUCGAAAGGAGGGUGCGCGCGGAAAGUACGCGACGCGAGAGGAAUAAGAAGCGGGACGUAAAACGUUGGAUAACCGGCACUUUCGCACUUCGAUUUCCUGGAAGCGAACACGAGGGGAUGAAAAAUAAGAUGUAUAUGCGCGAUAAAUUUAUAUAUGUACACGCAGAAUAACCGAUCCCUGCGAUCUCUUCAAGAAUCGAAAGAUAUCGUAUAAAAGGUAUACUUAUAUAUAUUAUGUAUAUCUGAAAUAUAUAUGCCAUCAUGUAAGAGAAACGAGAGAAACGGAAUAAUUUAAAUAUUCGGAGCAGCCGGCACUUUGCAUAACUCGGUGCUUACGGCGCUCGAGAGAAAUGGAUUAUAAAGAUACGACGUAAGGGAAAUAAAAGACACAGGCGAAGGAGGAAUGUUCGGAAGAACUCUUUGUGUGUGCAAUACAUUCUCAAGUGGCGAUACGUGAAAAAUAACACAGCAAAGGGGGAGGCCGAGAGGGACAAGAUAAAAAUAUUCAAAAUAUAUGUAUGCGACACACACACACACACACACACACACAGAAUUUAUUCACUUUACGCGAGAAACCGAUGCUGAAUAUGGUGUAGAAAUAUUCUGUGCGUGAGGGCGUAAGGGCGUAAGAGAGAGAUGGGGGUGUGGAGAUGUAAGAUAAACACUCGGACCCUUUUAGCCGACGUAUCUAAAUGGCUUCUGCCCCGGCACAAGCCAUGGGCUACCAGAAAAUCUUACUGCGUAAAUUCUACCCACUUUCAGUAUACGUCGCAGCGUUACUCCGUGCCCUCCGGACUCGGCGGUGCAGCUGUAGGUACUCGUUUCGUCGCGAAGGGUGGCGGACUGGUCGGGCUGUUUUCUCAAUGUCACUGAAUUCAUGCCAUCUGCCUCGCGCGUGUCGCGUGCGCGGCGCGUGAAACGAUGUGGAGACGCAGAAAGCUACGACUCGUUCUUGAUUUUCCGGAGAAAUACAAUCGCGAAAAGAAUUCAAUUUUGUCCCCCCCCCCAAAAAUAAAAAAAUAACUGUGACGAUGAAACACGACAUGGACAACUUCAAUAUUAUUUUAACUUUUAUUAUAAAUAAAGUGUAACUCCAUUAUCAUUCUACUAACAAUUCUACAGUCUGUAAAGGGAUACAGCUUUGAAAAAUAUACGCAGUACAAAAGAAUUAUUUUCUAUUCAGUAAAGUUACAAUAGUAGUACUCACAUUAUUGACUUUUUUUAAUUAACGUUCAGUGCCUUACAUAGUGAAAUUUAUUUAUAGACUUUCAAAUCUCAUAAUUGCCAUGAUAACGGAUCUUAUUACAAAUUUUAACAUUUCUUUCACGUUAAAAUCUUUAAUGAAUUAAUUAUUCAUUAUGAAAGAAAUGUUAAAAUUAUUAAAAUAAAAGGUAAUAAAAAUAAACGUCGUUAAAAAAAUUUCAAAAAAAACUGAGAGGAACCCUUUUUUCUUGAAAGUUUCUGAGAAUUUUUCCAGACUAAGAACAUUAUUUACAUUUUUUAACGAUGCUUCUUCUACAAAGUCAUAAAUUAUUAAAGCUAUAUAUUAAUAUUAAUCUCGUAUUCUGUUAACGUCGUGUCCAACGAAAAUGAUAACAUCGCGAGAUGAGCCGACAAAUAGUCGGUUGUCGAAUCGUUAUUGUGGAAAUCGCUAAUGUUAUUUUAUCAUGCAGUCGAAUGAACUUUGAUUAUCUGGUUUUACAAUCGGGAACGUUGUCAUCGCCGCUUAAUACGCAUGAAUCAAUGGUAAUAAAACGUUAAUCUCUAUAAAAUCAUCACGCAUUAUAAAUUUUAUUGCGACGCAUUUACAUUUCGCGUCACACAUAUCUACAUAAUUCUGCAGACACAGCGAGAGGUUUUAGCGGGCAUAAAAUCUGUCGAUAAAUCGAGAAGAGAAAGCAGAAAAAAAUCGUUUUUUCUGGCAUCGUGUUGCAUAAGAAGGGUAUUGUUUCCCGGUCUUUCAACAAAAUUUCAUAGCUUUAAUUUUUAAUUUUAAUCUGCAGACAAAUUAAGUCGAAUAAAAUUUCAUUUUUCAUUUUUCGAGACUAUUUCCUUUUUAAAUCAUCGUAUCAUUUAAACUGAUUAGAUCAAAUAUAUCGUAAAAUUAGACAAAAAGAAAUAAGAUAAGAAAAAUAAUCAAUAAGCAUGUCAAGAGACGUGUGUCGACUGCUACUGAAAUGUACUUUAAUUCUAUUGAGAUUUUUGGGUCGCCCGAUAUUCGCAUAAAGUCUGUAGGAGUCACCGCUUCCCGUAAUAAAGUAUAAUGCAGAUUCCGCGACGACGGCUGCAUAGUUAUUUCGAGUGUUCCUUCUCUGCGACGCUCGGAUUCUUUCGGAUUAUUCCCGUCGAAAAAAAACCCGAGGGCUGCCGCAAACUCGGAAAAGUCAUCCCGUUGUUAUGCGACUGACGCGCCAUUUCCACGCUCCUUUUCUUCUACCACGCUCGUUACCGCGCCCAUUCGUUUUGUCCCUCGUGUCGCCCCGGGCUUUUCCUUCCACCACUCGCGGAAAGACGAUCUCGUUAUUCCGCGUUGAGCUCCUAAAUAAAAAGUGCUUGCCUGCCUUUUCUACCGCGUCGCGCCGCGCGCCGCCCUGCCGCCGCCGGUCUCUUGAAUUAUGAGCGCGAUCCAUAAGCGUCCACCUUCGACGCGGCCGCCCUUUGUGAAAAUUCGAUACGUCGAAUGCAAUCACGUCGCCAAGGUCGCCGUAUUUAGAAUUUAUCACCGCAAUAAGGGAAACGUCACGCAAAUGGGACACAGACGAAACCUCGAGUUCGAUCAAAUCUCCGACAUUUGUAAAAAUUGGCUGCGAUUUGACGGGAGCAAACGGUAAUGUCGGGCGAGACGCGUCAAUUUAAUUAGACUUCUUCGAUGAAAAUUCUUACGUGUUUAGCUUAACACAUAUGAAUACGCGAACUGAAGAAAUUCAAUCGGGCCGACCAAAUUUUCUCGUCGGCGUAAUAGUUCGAAGUAUCUGGAGUAUAGACAUGUCGAGCGACGUUACAUUUUCAUACGCUACACACGACGAGGGUCUGGAAGUUGCCGAAGUUAUAUCGGCUCCUCUUGACAGAUGCACAGCGCGCUUGAAACAGACACCACGAACUUCACCUCCAAACUCAUCCGCCAUAAAGUCUAAAAUUAAAAUUCAUUCCGCAUUGAUCAAGGAAUCGCGCACGCCACCAGCCGCCUUUGUCCACCUCACCGGCGAUGUUUCCGCGAUACAAAGGGCGCAACUUACGGGAUCAAUAACAUGCACAGCCGGCUGGCCGAGCUGGCGAUGUCCGGCUUUCGAGUUAACGGGGCUUUUUAUGCUGUUUCGCGCUAAUUUUAGCCGCCGUUCGGCACAACCGCGCGCGCACACGCGGUCGCACUGCUCUCGAUAAAGCAAAAUCCGCCGGAUGUUUUUCCGCUAUCGAAUAAUUAUUAUACGUUAUGAUAUGUAUUACGUUUCACUAGCCUCAUUAAUAAUUUGGAAACUGAAUAUUUUAUCAAAUGCGGCACCCGUCUACUCCGUUACGUAUUCGCGCCCGAGUUUCCGCGCGCGUUAAGUUUCAAAGUUUAUUUCCGACUGCGAAAGAUCCCGGUAACGCUAUACACGUUCCGAGAUACAGUUUCGAGAAGCGCGGAAACUCGGGUUAUACGAGUGGUAACAGUUAAAAAUUAAAUCACAACGUAAAAUUACGUGUGGAACGGCUUCCGGGAGAAUUGUCUGCUUUGAACUUCUGAGAUAGCAGAACGUUGGCAUUUGCGUGUGUAUCGAGGGUUGCAUUAGCGAAAAAUGAAUUAUUUAGUAUUCAGUCUUGUAUGUACGUCUAUUUGCAAUUCUGCCUGAUUCCGCAAUUUCCGAUUACGUGAUCUCUUCAGCUGACAGAUACAUUUGCGAAAAUAAAUAAAUAAGAGUACAGAUAUAUCGCGUAUAUAUAUAUAUAUAUAUGUUUAGUGAAAAGGUUGAUCUGCAUUCUCUUUGUACAAAUCUUUUUUCAAAAGUAACGCAAGUACAAGAGUAUCAUUAUCCGCGACGACGUCUUGCUUUAUUUUGUUGUAACGUUAUACAAUACUCUUAUUGUUAGCUUUAUCGUAAGUAAAACUUUGACAUUUACAAAGUAUGAGAAUGAAAUAGAAUCCGAAAGAACUGUGAAAAGUUUAAUUAAAAUCGGCGAGAGAUAUACGUGUUUAAGUGCUCGCGAUAUUUCUUUCCUAACUCCGUCCGUCGACAAACAAUUCCCCUGAUUAAAAACGUCAAAGGUUAUUGUAGAUAAAAAGAAGUCACGGCGGAUUUCACAGACGAUUCCGAGAGAGAUCCGUGUUCGAGUCCCCCCAUAAACACUGCGGCUACACUGAGCCCUGGAACCAACCGAUCGAGCCUUUCCAUUCACCUGGGUGGGAAUGAGAGUCACUGGCCACUACCUGGCUAGGCGAGCGGAGAGUGUCCUCGUAAAAGCGAGAAAGAGAUGAGGGAGGGGGAGAGAGAGAGAAAGAGAGAGGCGGCCCCGUCGGCUUGAAGGGGAUAGUUGAGGACGGAGGUAGGCGGUGUUUUAAAGAAGGACACCCGAUAUAGGAGGCAUUGUACUCGGCGAACGAGCAGCAAGCGCUUGGGUUCCAGGUGCUGGAGGGCAGUCGAGGCAGUCUACUCGCCACGAGCCCAGGGCACAGCAGUACGUUGCCUGCGCUUCCUCUUGGGCAGUUGCCCGUUCAGGUGCCAUCCCGUGAUAAACGUCACGCGAGUAAAUCGCGACGAAUCUCAUCUCCGUCUCUUUCUCUCUUUCUCUCCGUCCCUCUGCUUCGAGUUCGGCAGAGAGGUUUUCCGUGAGAGAGAAAGAGAGAGAGAGGGAGAGCUCCGCGUGGGAGGCGAGGAGAGAAGACCAGCGUCAGACGGACGAAGGGGGGAAGAGAGAGAGAGAGAGAGAGAAAGAACUUCCUCCCGGUGGGUACUCUCGCGUGUCAUCAUCCGCGCAGUUGUCAUAAACACUGUGGCAGUGCGAGUCCGUCGUCAGUGGGUCGAGUCAUCACGAGCGGGAGUAAUCUCGCUCGCUCAUCCAUCCGUCCGUCCGUUCGUCCAUCCACGGGGGCCAUCGCGGAGAGCGGCGAGUUCGCGCUAGCAGGAGCGAGCACCGCCGAGAGGGAAACCUGUUUGCGUGGACGAUGCUCCGAUCCUGACUGACGCGAGAGGAUACGGCCGCCGCGGGUUCAGGUACGUGAUGAAGAGUCGCUCGCAUUCGGGCGCACGAACUAACAAAAAAAAGGGGAAGGGGGGAAGGAAAAAACAGCGAAACGUGCCUACGCAAGCCAUCGUGCGUAAUUGCGGUCGUGCAAUAAUGAAGAGAUACGGGGGGUCCAUCACCCAGGCGUCCUGCAGCGGCGGAGAUAAAAAGGCGGCAGUUACAAACGUCAGUUAGUUUUAAGGAUUUCCCACGUGAGGAAUUUUUCGUUUUUUCCCUCCGAGCCGAUGGUUCCUGCGUUCUGCGCUAAAGCGAUCUGAAAGUCUAGCGCGCGUGCACAGUGUGGUUCACGCAGUCCGCGCGGAAAUUAGUGAAGCGUGAUAUCGCGGUGUCUGUGCCUGCCCGCCUGUAACUACCUACGCGGUUCCCCACUCCCAGCGCAUUCUCCGCGGCGCAAAGGUUUCUUUUUGUUUUUUAAAUGAGAAGAAAAUUUCGACCACGGUGAAUCCGAGGUAAUUCGGAUUGUGUAGAAUCCGCGCGGGGAGACGCGGAUAAAUUUUUUUCCCGUAAAUAUGCGAAGUGAGAAGGGUGAAUCACCGCGCCGUUAAGUAAUUCGACGAGAUAAGUUAUCGCGAUCGUAUAAUUUGAGAACAGCCGAUGAAUAGGAGACACAUCGCGUUGUAGUCGCGUUAUAAACAUAGCGCUAUUAACAAUUCUGUAAUAUAUGUAGAGCGGAGCUCUGUCGCACUUUCUCUCGGUGUGAUUCGCAGAUAGAGUAGAAAUUAAAAGAACGGCGGGUAUUUUCAAGUAUCAUUUUAAGCUGUAAAUAAUUGGUAGUUUAAUUAUUUUGAUGGAAGAAGCUUCCAAUAAUAAAGUUGAUUAUACAUGCAUAAACAGAUAUAAAUUUCGAUUUCCAAUUAAAAUAAUCUCAAUGGCGAAUUCUUUGACGCGAACACGUGCACCGAUUUACCAUGCACAGGUUGUUUAAUGUGAAAAGCACAUCCGAUUAAAUCAGAUCACGGUUCUCAUUGAAAACGUAACUUUCUGUAAAUAUCGAAAAAUCUAUUGGCAAACAUUUAAGUGAAGGAGAGAUACUAUUCUUUACUUUUAUUUCUCCAUCUUAUCUCCGCUCAUCGAAAAGUUCCUGCUUAUCUUCGGAAAACUUUGCGAAAUUAUCUCCGAACCACGUCCCGAAUACACGUACCAGUUAUAACGAGCGAGACCGCGUUAAAUGAUGAGAGUGAUGAAGAUAGCGCGCUGGAAGCUAAAUAAACCUAUCGGUUCGCUAGUUUCACGUGAUAUUUUAUCUACCAGCAAAUCCGUCGGCUAUGCCCGCGGCGAAUUCGGUUGAAUGCACUCUGGUGCGCGUGCACCGAUGGUGUACAAGAGACCUAUCGCGCACACAUUUACCCACGUACUCGAGUAUUCAGGUGAACCUGGCCUACGAGCGUUUCGAUCACCGACGGGGGCGGACUCACGGCAGAAACUCUCUCGCCAAAAAGCGACAAUGCCUACUGGUCGUUAUACAAUCAUCGGAUCGAACUGUUUUAGUCAAUUUGUUCGCAUCGGUGCGCGCUAUUACCUCCAAUCGACAGGUCCGAGGGAGGGACAUUCGCGUACGCCAAUUUCUUCUUUUUUUUUUCCUCCCCCGAGUUAACGACGCGGGACCAAUAGCCGUCAUUUCCGAACGUCACCGACUCCCCGAAGUAAUGGAAAUUCGGGGAAAGUUCCAAUGCCGCGUCAGCACACGGUAACGGAAAAAAAAAAGAAACCCUCGAUUCUCCCAAUAUUCGGGCGCGAUGAAGUCGGGGGAGGGGGAAAAAGUCUCCGUUCGACGACUUUAUUCCCCAACUUCGUCGCCCGAAGUAUAAUAUUACGAGGAACGGGGUGAUCUAAUUACACUGUGCAGCGUGGUGCUCUUCCUCCUCUCCUCUUCUCUUCGUCGGCCCUUUCGGCGCGCGCCGCGCUCGCCGUCUGUCGCGGGGCCCAGUCGACAUUGACGGGAACAGAAGUCCCGGGUGAAGAAACGCAAAGAACGGAGUGGGAUGCAAGUGCGACGAGGACGGGUGACGACAGAUGCGACGGCGACGGCAGCGGCGGCGGCGGCGGCGGUGGCGGCGGCGCCGACGUCGCCGCUGCAAUGCGACAUUCGACUAUAAUACACGACACACGCUUUCUCGGCUCGACGGCCGCCACAAGCGCGCCGGAACGCUCGUCUGUCGCGUCGCGCGGCCUCGGCGUCUGUCUCUUUGUCCCCGCCCGUCUUUCGCACACGGUCGUUGUCUCUCGCUCUCGAAUCGAUAUAUAUGUAUAUAUAUAUGUAUAUGUAAUUCGAUGUCGGCGAGGAAGUCGGCGACCGAGGAGACAGACGGAGCGAAUCGCGCCGGCAGUGAGCGAUCUGAAAGACGCUCCCCUCUAUCCGUCGGGAAUCCGCUGUCGGGGAUUCCUCGGCUCGAGUGGUCCCGAGUACAUUCCCCAGGGAAGAGGGAGGGGGAGGGGGGAGGAACCUCCUCGGAGAAGCGAGAGAAAUCCGUCGAUCGGCGUGGAAUUCUUCGCGGCGGAAUCGCUUCUUGCGGUCGGAUCGCUCGAUGUCUCACCGGUGAUCGAACGUCCCCGAACUUCCGUUUGGGGAAGAGCGAGGAGAACGAGGUUUAUUCGAAUAUUUCGCGGAAUCCCGAGAACCGCGCGGGGGAAUAAUCCCGCGGCUCGUGCCGAGGAACACACGUGGAGGAUCUUCGAGACGCCACGAUAAAUACGCGGGAGAGAAAUCCGGCGAAGGGACCGCGGUGAAUAACUACUGCUCUCAAGGGCUCGGUUCUAUAAAAAUCCGGCUGCAUCGAGAGAAGCACGAGGAGAAUCUUUCUCCUCCUCUUCCUCCUCCUCCAAAGGGACACAGCCGUGCAAUAAAAAAGAGAAGGAAGGAAAAAAAAAGCAGCACGCACUCCGGAGAAAGAGAGGAGGAACGAAGAAAGGACUGCGAAUGUUCUUCGAAGCGAAUCUAGUCCUGCGUCAAUCCAAGGAGAGACUUCAGGACUCCAAUCAGGAUAAAUUAUGUUCAAGUUUCUCCGAGAGAGAGAGAGAGACCCGAUUUUUUCGCGAGGAGCACAAGUGGAGGCAAUCAAGGAUUAAAGGAUGCUUAACUGAUCUUACCUGGAGUACCCGAGUACAAUUCGUUUGACCGAAUUCAUCCGAAAAAUUGCUGCACAAGUCGCAGCAUCGAGAAAGAGAUCUCCACUUACCAUCGAACUUUAUUUCGAAGAAUUGUAAAUCGCUCGGGGAAAUACGCUUGCUCUCGAAUGUACCUCGAAAAUUUCGAGAGUCUCGCUCGAUGGAAAGGAAGACUGCACCGGAUAUUCGAUUCGUUACAUAACAAACGACCGCGAAAACAAAGGAGCCGCGACGAGCGAGCGAGCAAACUUGGGCUUCGAUUGAUCACUCUCCCGCUGACGCUCAUCAGCGAAAAAAAAAGAAGAGAUCUUCCCGUUGUAGCCUCGGAGAGGAAGGAGGGAGGGGUGCGUGGGGGAAAUGAUCCGACGCCGAGGCAAAACAACAUUAGCGACGGCGACGGCGACGACACAACGAAACCGACACAUACACACACACACACACACACACACGUACAUUCCCACCGCGAAGGUCGAACCCACGUGACGCGGCUCGUUUAGCCGGCGCUACCAAAUAUUGUGGCCGCGGCGCGCGAUACGUGACGCUCGCGAGACGUCAGACGUCAGUUAGUGAUACGUGAGACGCGUGUCGCGUGUCGAGGAGGAAUACGCGACGACGUUAUCGGCGUGCGUAAAGAGGAAAGAGAGCGCGUGCCUCCGCUGUCGCGCGCGGGGGAUGACGAGUGCGCUCGCACGUGGACGUGAGAACGAUAGUGAUAGUGCGUUAUCGCGGAUGAUACUUAAAUGAUCCCCGCGGAGUUUCGAUUGCACGGAUAAGAGAGUACGGAAGCCGAAAAUGAAAAUGGCUCCCGCAGGGAAACCUUCAUCAAACGGAGAUCAACUACCGACCGUAGGGCCUAUCCUGACCGGCACGUUGUUUGUCAAUUACAAAAGGACCUGGUUGAGAAGAGUGGCUCCCUUUUUGGCAUUUCUUGUCGCCUUUUCCACCGCUAUGAUUCUGCUCCUCGUUUGGAGCGAGGCAGCGUCUAUGAGGAGACAAGCGUUCGACGCGAACAUGACCAGGGACUACGUGCUCGACAGCGUAUCGAUGGACAAUCCGCAAUUGGUCGCGUACAUACGACAGGUGCAUCUGAAACCGACGACCCAUCAGGAUCCGUUGAACGCCAAUCAGACGUCGGAAGAGAAGUACGUGGCCACCUUGUCGCAGGGCAAGCGCGAGGGUAUCUACGCGGAGUACAUCAGCAGGACGGGCGCGAUUUCUAGUACGGCCUGGCUGGAGUCCAACCUGAGCUGGCAAGGUGUUCUGAUACUCACCGAGCCUAAGAGCUUCUUUGAAGCGCAGCGCAGCACCAGACAUCCGCGAUCGAGGGUCAUCCACGCCUGUCUCAGCACGGACACGGAUACCAAAGAGAUAAAGUACCACCAGGAAUCGGAGGUCCAGGUCACCAAGCUGGGCGACGGUCCUAAUAGCCUCGUGUCGUCGGACACCGAUGUGCCUACCACUAGACUCAAGUGCUUUCCUCUCUAUAGCGUACUGUUGGCGUACAAUGCCACGUCCUUGGAUUAUUUAAAUCUAGACAGUCCCGAUGCUCCCGAUGGCCAGGUACUCGACACCAUCCCAUGGGACAUCAUAAGAAUAUCGAUACUGUCAAUACGGUGGAGUCCCCAUCACAGCGAGGCGGAGACGAAAAGCUUCAUCGACAAGAUGAUCAGCCGGAGGUACAAACACGUACAUACGACAGACACCGGAAAGUACAUUUUCCUGUACGAUACUCGCCUUAAAAUUUGAUCAUUGACUCUCAGGUUAUAGACUGGUCUGCGCCCGUAUCGCAGGAUAUAUAUAAAAUAAUAUAUAAAUUUCAAGCGACUCGAUAUCCCACCGCGUUUUCGAUCCGUUUCUUAAUAUGUAUUUUAUUUCGUCUCCCCCUCCCGCCUUAGAAGUAUUUCUUUUGAUCGGGGAAGCGCGAUCUUUCCGUUCGAUCUCGCGUAAAGGAACGACUCGUCGCGGUAUCAAGGAUUCCGAAAGUAAUCGAUCGCGAAAUUCGUUCUCCGCCGUUUUUUGUUAGCCUCGCUCCUUGCCGUGGGACGUUCCCAAAGGUGAAGCUUGUUGCUCUCGCGAUAACGAGUCCACUGAUAACAAUCGUUCGAUCGAAUCUCGAGGGACUGAUGGGUUCAAGAAUUCCACUACAGUGCUACUCGAAAGUGCUACGACUGUACCAUAUUUUGAACGGUUUAGCUUGUUUAAAAUUGAGAGUAAAAAUUGUAAAAAGUGGAGUUGAAGAUUCAGGAUUUCUCUCCUUCGGUUUCCAGAAACCGUUCAAGAAUCCCAAGUUCCGAAUCAAAGUUAAAAACAUUGAGAUCAAAUUUCGAAGGGUAGCUUCAGGUCGAAGUUUCAACUUGAGGUUUGAGUGUUCUGAUUUUAACGUCCCUCCUCGCGCGGCUUUAAAUCGCAUGAAAUCUAAGAACACUCGAGUUCCCACAUCUGGUCUCCUUACGAGAAGCAUCUCCUAUCUCCACCGAAGAUCAAAUUGUAAUUCUGAACCUGCGGACACGAAUUUCGUUGACUUCGAAGAAUCGAAGACUCGGAUUUGCCCUCCCUCCUCCCCGGCAUUCCUGAUACACACGCGUGUCGAGCGCCAACAGUAAUUAAUUACGGAAUGCGUAAGAUUCCUCUUAGCGACGCGGACAAAUUGUGGUGAUGUUUUGCGAGCGCACGUAUAUAUGUUGCGGCGGUCAUAUACGGCGGAAAUACGUGAGUCACGUGCAAGUUAAAUCCGCAUUGGAUCGAGACGUGACUCCCCGCGUCUUACGCUUGUGUGUAUCUUAUCGCAAGACGUGCUAUAAUUUCUCUCACUUUUUUUUUUUGGUUUUCAGUCGUGAUUUUUUGCAUAUUGAUAAUUACAGACGGAGCGGUUUUUUUUUUUAAUUUUUUUUCUCUUCGUACAGAUGACGCGUAUGCAACAAUGAGAUCUCACUCGUCGGUACUCCUACGACGAUGUCCCGUUUUCCUUUCGCGAUAACGUCGACUUUAAGAUCGCGCGGCACCGUUACGUAGCACUAUUUAUUUCGUACGUAUCGUACACGCGAAUGAUCAAAUGGAUGAUUUGCACCAGUGAUUAUUACAAAUUAUUUAAGUAUUUAAGUAUUUACGCAAUAAAAAUAAGAGGAAUGUCCGAACUAGAGAAGGUAGUUGAGAUUCAUAAAUGUACACGUGACAGUUGGUGUCAUUUUCCGUUUGACCCUACACCGCAAACUGAUACUUUUAACUGCAAUCCUCCACAUGUUCGUAGAUCGAACGAUGUACGACAGGAAGAAUUGUUGGAUACAGGAUACCUGCCCUGAUCUCCGUUCUCUAUCGUUUACCGUUUCUCCAUUUUCGUAUCAAUGGAAAGUAACGUGAUCCAAAAAGUGUGAGAUUGGCGACAUUUUCACGCGACGAAUAUUCAAAAUUCACUUUUUUUUUGCCUCCUGCCGCGGACGUCGAGUUUGCUCAGGCGGAACGUAACGUAAGAUUAGUUUUACGUUAAAAGAAAAGAAAGAGAAAUGUAAGAGCUGCUGAGACAGCAGUGAAAAAGCGAGAAAUUAAUUCCACCGUACCUGAGUUAAAUGACGCUUCGUUUAAUCUUGUCUCCCUGUAAUGUUUCUCCCUCCCCCUCUCCCUCCCCCUUUGCGUAAGGAAAACGUGCGAAUACGAUCGUUGCGGUGCAGGAAUACAUCGACGUCGGAUAUUUAAAGCUUUCUAGAGAUCAUGGAGCAGGGAUUCUCGCCGAACGAGGACUCCGGGAUCCAGGAUCUAGUAAUUCGGAGAGAUUUGAGAGACCGAUCGCUUAAUGGUCCGAGAAAAUCCACUCAAAAAAAUCCGACUCGGGGGAUAAAUCCCGCUCGGGGGAGAGCGAACUGAGGUUUCCAAGCGUUCACGUCGUCCGAUUUCUUUCCAGGAAAUACACCAAAAAAAAAAAAGGAAAAGAAGCGAGAGAGAACCUCGUCUCUCUCGUACGAUUUUACGUUUUUUUUUUUUUUAAUUUUAAGAUAACAUAGUAACGAAGAUAGUAACGAUAACCGAGCGUUUUACGCAGGACACGCAGCGAUUUUACUUUUUAAGGGACAUUGAACGCGUGUCCGGACGUCGCCGCCCGCACGCGCGGCGAUGCGCGUUAUCACGUACGAUAAAGCGGAGUUAGCUAAUCCGAGAUGUCUCCCGGGUUUUUCCGCAUUCGCGUUGACAACUAGAAGUAGCGACCGUCCGAAUCUCACGGUGUAAUAUAUUUAAUAACGUUGUAACGCGAAGCUUCUCUUCAUGCGUCAAUCCGUAUCGAUCGAGCAGUUCAGAUUGGAUGGUAAAGCUGUAAUCCACAUGAUCAAUUUGAUCUACGCGUUGAUCGCGGAACUCGAAACGGCACACUCGCUAUUUAGUGCGCUACACGUGCGACGCAGAAUGGAAAACGCGUAAAUACCUAAUGCACAGGCCUUAUUAGCGCGUAAGGUGAUAUUUUCUUAAAACGUUCUAUACGGUAGUGAUAAGUAACGCCAACCCGCGUAAGUGAUCCUCGCGUUUAAAUUAAGUUAUAUCUUUACUCGUGAUACGCAAAGAGAUAUUAAAUAGCUAAUUAGAUUCUCCUUUGUCUUACGUUAAUCGCAAAUUAUAAACCGUUGGCGAUAUAAGAAUAUCCGAUUAUUUCUGUACUGAAUGUCUAUUUUUGAAUGAGAGUAUAUUCUUCGGGAAGAAAAUUAUUUUGCUUUUGAAUGUUAAGUUUUAUUCCCUGAAAUUCCUCCGAUCUUCAUUUGCGACAAAUUUUCGUUUACCAAAAAUCGCGUAAUUUACGAUUUCCGAAGAUAUAACGUAAGCCUAAUUAUCGUGCAAAACGCAAAAGAUACAUGUGCACAAAAGAAAUAAGAAUACAUGUAUCUAAAUGAAGGUAUUGCUUUAUUUCGAGUUGUACGAUAAUUCCGACACGCGAGAACCAUUUACAUUCGUGACGCAAGUUUAACGCUAAAAUGAUAUGCAAUUAUGAUAAUCUAAGCAGUGAUUUUUAUCAAUUUUUCAUUUCCUAAUGGAUUUAUUAAAUUGCACAUUGGAUAAUCAACAAUGAAGAUGAGGUGCCUUUAGCGUUAAAUAUGUAACGUUACGAAAGCGGGUUUUUGACUUAAAAUCCUAUUGACGCGUUAUUGCGAUUACAUGGUUUAUUAGAAACAAUCAAUAUGACAGAUACUUAAUAAUGCGAUUUUCUUUGCAUCGAUCAUAGCUUCGUUGCGACGAUCAUCAUAUUACUUUCAUUGUUAAUCGCGCAAAGUGAGACACGCAGCAUUUGAAUUUUCGCAAAAUGCAAUAUUCGCGAAGCAGACAUCUUCUUCUCAUCAAGGAAUUUGGUUUCGAAAUUUCAUGGUAGAACAAUCGGAAGUCUUGAAAUUUACGGUCUCUUGACAUUUAUCUUAUAAAUCCAAUAAUUCUUAAGGGGAUACUGGAGUGUUCCUUGAUCAGGAUUGAUAAUGUAGAGUCAUUCGUGCACAUUAUUAAUAAGAUUUCGUAUGUAUUUCCCUAUAUAAAUUUGGAAAUUUUUUUCUAGAAUUAAUUACACGUAUUAAUAUCAGUUUGUGAAUUGGACUUUAUAAAUUUUAUUUUAUUUUUUGAAAUAUCUAUAAAUACAUGUCAAAAAUUUUAUGAAAGCCCUACAUAGUUUUUUUUAUAAAAAAUUAUUAAAAUAACACUUUUUCCGCUCAGAUGAAUGUUUCCCCUUAAGAAUUCAAGAUUUCAGUACAAGAUUCGUAAAUUUUUUAAGGCUGAAUAGUAAAAGCUGUUGCACCUGGAAUCACAAUUGUAGUUUUGGAUCCGUAGAAUCUUUCCUUUGCUAUUUAUUUUUUUUCGUACAGAUGGAACUUUAUUAUUUAAAAGUCACAUAUCAGCAUAAUGUAUAAGCAUAAUACUUAGUUUUUAAUUAAUUAUCGUGAUUAAUUAAUUUAAUAAAGUAAGUAUUUAAAUAGUAGACGUUCCUCUUACUGGUUAUGAAUAAGUGAUAAUAUUAUAGUGGUCCAAGUGUAAUUAGAUUCUGGGGGCGAAAAUUUUGCUGUGCUCCUAAACAAACGCGUGAACAUAUAUUUACAACCGCAACCUAAAGUUACAGAGACAUACAAUUCCGUUGUUUCAUUUGGCGGAUAAAUUUUGGAUUGCACAACUGUUCAAUUACUGCGCACUCGCGGAUAUGCACUUAUGCGGAUCUAGCUGCGUGGCUACGCGACUUCAUUUCAUAACUCGUAAGAAUAAUCCGCUUUCCUUGCCGCUUUACCGAAAACCAUUCCAUGACUAUUAAUUCACAUAUCUCUUUUUCUCUCGCCAGAGUGCCUGUAUGCAGUAACGACUUCGUUGUAGUAUACCUAUGCGUUUUUUCGAUAGAUCUUCUUCCACCUUUGUUUAUACUUUUUUUACAACGUAUUGUAACUCAUAGGUUUGACGUGACGAAUAAGGCUGCUCGCGUAUUUUCUGUUUUGCGAAGAGCGGCCAAAUCCUUUCGAAGGAGCAAUAAAUUUGGAUAUUAUAUUUUGAAAA